CAAAAACAAAAAACAAAAACAUGCAACAUGGUGAGGUUCAGCUGGUUGUUUCCUGCAACAUGGUGAGGGCUCCUUGCUGUGAGAAGAUGGGUCUGAAGAAGGGGCCAUGGACGCUGGAGGAAGACCGGCUUCUCGUCUCUUACAUAGAAAAACAUGGCCAUGACAACUGGAGAGCUCUUCCUAAACAAGCUGGGCUGUUGAGGUGCGGGAAGAGUUGUCGGCUGCGGUGGACGAAUUACCUUCGACCGGAUAUCAAAAGAGGAAACUUUAACAAAGAGGAGGAAGAUACCAUGAUCAAGUUGCAUGAGGUUCUUGGCAACAAGUAAACAAGUAUAUUAUCAAAUCGAAGAUGAAUGCGAAUCCCAAGUAAUCAGAGACUUAGUUCAAGAGGAAGAGGUAGAUACUAUCUGGAAUAUACUACCACCGUAAUGUAAUUCCUUGUUAAUAGGAUGGAACUGCUGAUACUUUACAACCUUGAGAACAUUACAAAGUAUAUGCGCAUAUAAUAGAUCAUGUAGAAAAUAAACUUAUAACGAUAGAAAGUCAUCUUCACAAAAAUACUCAAGCC